UUUUAACUCCGUCGUUGUGCGAGUGCCAUUGUAGCGGAAAAGACGUGGCAACUAAUCGCCAUCUAUUUUUCACAAGACACACGGUUAAUACUUUAUGUGACAUUCAUUCAAACGAGAAAUGAAGCCGUAUUACAUGCCACAAGUGCUCGAAGGGAGCUAACAAGCUAUUGUAUUAGCAGUGCUAACGUGAACUUAAACUACAGAUCAAGUAGGGCGUUUAUUCACAGAUCUUCACGCACAAACUAGUUGCCAGCUCCUGAAGUGGUGAUCAUUAAUAACCUUUAAUCGGAGUGUAAGAAAAGCGUUAACCCAAUCCGCGACAAGGGCCAGCAAAGUAUCUCUAUUUAACUGCAGUGACUAGAGAGCCGCAGAAAAGCCAAAGGAAAUACAUACUCUUUACACAUCAUAAAACUUUGGAAACGAACAUACUUUCAUAACGCAGUCUACUUGGUGGAUAAAUGUUUCGUCUUGUGGAGACUUACGACUUAGGGGGAAAAAAAGUUGACUUACUGCUCAUAAUGUUCAGGACGGGAGGAGUUUCUGUUCUUUUUCUAGUUGACAACUUUUCCCAACUUCACACAAACUUGUCGCCUCCCCUCACCCACCUAUGAAGGAGACGGGAGAGGGUGCGCUUGAUUAAAGGCAUAGGGACGCCUGGUUUGCCUCUUGAGCGUUCCACGUCUUGUUCACCAGUUCCCAUUGGUGGAAGUGAUCACAUUCAAAUAAUUACUGGUAGAUGUGUCUGUACUUUGAAGAGUAUUAAAUAUUCUUACGACUCUUUUUUCACUUCCGACAUUUAGAAUAUAAAUAUACAAACGUUAAGUUAUACCUUGUUUAAUAUUUUUUUCUAAUUUUAAAUAGUGCAAUAGCCCUAAUAACAUACAAAUAGGAAUUGAGAUUUUGGGGUGUUAUGAGACAGAACAAAAUGGAUUGCAGUGACAUGGAGGAAUGGGAACCAUGGUUCAUAAAUGAAAAAUUCAACAGUUUUGGUUUAGCAAGACAACCCUCUUUCAUGGGCUGGACAGAAUUGCUUGGUGGUGUUGACAUCAAUUGGGGGAAAAACUACUUUGGGUGCAGUUGUGUUGUUUAUUGUGCCAGCGUGGGUGUUUUAUAGUGGACAGUGUAUUAUUUUUGUUGCACUAUUCAGAGGCUGUACUUCAGUACUUAUAUAUAGUUUUAAUGCUUAUCUGUACUUACACUUAAUACAAUUUUGCCACUUCAGUUAAUUGAGUUUAAAACGUUUCAUGCUGUUGUUAGUUGUAGUCAUCUUCAAGAUCUGUCGGCACUAAUAUUUGUAAAAUGUACUUUUGCAGAGGUGAUCGUUUUACGCCCUACUGUAGUUUUAUUGCAUUGAUCAAAACUGACGACGCACACUUUGCUCUUGAAGCAUAAACCUAAGCUAUUUUUGGUUGAAAAGAAGCGCGCCUCUAUCAAGACUGAUUGCUUUUUACACCAAUCGAGAGCGUGUUCUCUAAAUCAGGUCCGGAACAACUCGAAACCCGCUAAUAUUAUUGGCUACUAGUCGAAAAGAAGGCGGGUCUAUUCAUGCUAGGUUGCGCCUUUUGGGUUAGCCAGACGUGGGAUUUCUUGUUUUCGCCUCGUCAAAGGCGCCAUGUUAAUUGAUCACACUUAAUACAGUUAGACUUCCCCCUUGCAUCAACUUGUUCGCCUUUUCACGACUGGGCAGCGAAAUAUUGAUGUGCAUGUAAACACGAAAUUGGGCGGGUGUGUACUGUGGAAGGCGGGAUGGUUAUUUUCAGUCUUGCCUCCGUGGCUGCUAGCCACUCCCUUGGUGGCGCCCUGUGGGCUGGAAAAGAGCGCGGAGGCGGUCGGGGGGCGGCCAUGGCUGAAGAGCGAGGACAGGCCUGAGCCACGCCGGGGGCAGGGAAUGGCUCUCUUGUGGGAGGGUUUUUAGAUCAUUGCGCCGUGCGAGGGGGCUGUCAGUGUAGCAGCACAUGUGCCCACGUAAACAAAAGCUAUUACGCUGCACAGUUACCGGCGGUUCGACAAAGGCGUCGGCGAGGAACUCACGAAAAUACACCAUCGCGAUAUUUUGCCUCUGCUUCGACAGAAGUAUCGCGAUACGAUGAUUGCGCAAUAGUCAAAUCAAGAGAAAGUGCAGUGUAAAAAAAAAUCAUGAGACAACGCAGAGGAUUUUUUUUUUUUUUUAUCCAAUGAGAAAUAGUAGCAGUGAAUAUUUACUGUCCCCUCAAAGUAAUAAUAUCAUACAAAUGUGACCACUCAAAUCAACAUGUGUAGAUUUUAUAUUGCCCAGAACCAAAUCACACACAUGCAGGCUUGCAAAGAGAGAUGUCCGCCAAAGUUCUUACAAAGAAAUCUUGCACUCAUCAAUUUAUUCCCAACAAUACUAUGUGUUGGCAUGUUCAUCUUAUUUCCCAAGGCCUCGAGGAGUAGUAGUGCAGGUUGUUGUUCUUGUCACAUCAACCACAGUAUAUUAACAAUGAGGCUGUUUGUUUAACCACUGCUCCUGAUGAUAUUUAAAAUGACUUGUUUUUCUCAUGUCAAUAGAUAAAUAUUGAAUCUAUAUUAUAAUAUUGAAAAUGCUCAUGAUGAUAAAUAUGUGUCUCUUAUCUCUGCAGGAUGUGUGGUUGUGAGCAUCCCACGCAAUGUGUCAGUUUUAGAUGCUCACAGUCACUUCCCCCUUCUAUUCAACUUGACUUGCAGACUGAUAUAGAAGGCCAAAAUGGUGAAUUAUUAUCGCAAAGAAGCGGAAGCGUCCGAAGCAUGCGGGGUGUCAGCUCUGCUAAGAUUGCAAAUAUCCUUCAGGAUCUCAUCAACUACUCUGACUUCAAUGAUGGAAAAUCUGUCCUCCACUGCCAGAAGACAAAGGUGGCCAGUGGAGGUCAACAGUGCUCCAUCCUGGAAGAAGUGGGUCCUCUGCAGCUUCCUCUCGGAAUCCCUAUCAGAUGAUGACAAUGAUGUCUUUGCAGACGAUUCAACGUUAAGUGGCGGAGAUGUUCCAUCCAAAGUGGGUAUUCCGGAGGUGCUCCAGUCACAUUCAGUAGAUGCCGAAGAGAUCCUGUGGCAGUUGGUCUUUGGCUCCGACGACCCGCAGCCCACUGUGCGCAUUCCCCCUCGCUUCCUUUCCUUCCCCUCUCAAGCUCGGGGUAUCAACUUCCGCCUUUUCUUGGAGUCGCAAGUCCGACGGAUGCGUGAGGAGGACCCCACCCUGUGUUUAGCAAGCCGUUUCAGACAAGUCCAAGCUCUGACCGCAAUGGCCAACGCAUUCUACUCGCUGUACUCGCACGUGUCCGGCACGCCCCUGCUUAAACUCGGAACUCCGCAGUUCACCUUGUCGCCGCCCACCAAGAGCGUGAGGAGCAACCUGAGGAGCAGCGUGAGGACCGAGCCGCGCUCACCCGUUGAGAGGCUCAAGGAUACCGUCUCCAAGAUGUGCCUCUACACCUCACCCAGGACAAGGUCCAUCUUGCCUGAUUUGGACAAUCCAGUUCCCCAGCAGGUCCAGAAUGAGUCUAAGAAUGUACUGGGAGAAGAAGACUGCAGUUUGGCAUUACAAGUGGGGACAGAUACACAUGCCAAGCAAAAUGAUAGUGUCACAAUAAAGGAUGAGUUAAAACCAAUUGGCACGGUAACCUACGAGAUACUCAAUCCAAAGAUAGUUGAGUGUGUCCGCCAAGCAAAUGCCCUACAUCACGUCUUCCCUGAAGUGUCUUCAGAUGUCUGUCAAUACUCAAUUGAUAUCUGCCGUGCAAAGAUUCCAAGAUGCAUCAUGGACCUCAAGAAGUGUGAUGAGGGGCUCAACUUAGAUUCAGAGAUGGGUUGUGUAGGAGAGGAAGAAACAGCAAGAGAAAGCUCAAUACAGCAAAUUAAAGGUGGUGAGGUUGGCUGAUGAAGAAACUUCGGACAAAGACAACAUACUUCGAUGAGGCCAUUUGGGAAGAAAAACAACAGCAACAAUGCCCCUGACAAUAAUUGACGGGUGAAGCAACCCAAGCUAAAUUACUGGAGAGUGUUUAAAAUAAUUGAACUCUUACGCAUUAUAGGGUAAGUCAGUUUUUUGGUUGCUUACAGUUUUUAGGUCAUAUUUAUCAAAGAUUUUAGAAUUUUCUGUGUUAUUUAAACAUUUAAUUUACGCAGCCUCAUUUAUGAGUUCGCAGAGAAAAUAUUUUUAUGUAACAUGAAUUUCUCAAUGAUGAAUGAAUUCCACUUGUAUGCAUACAAUUCUCCAAUUUAUUAUAACAGUAACAGGUUGCAAAAUAGUUAAAAGUGCAAUUGAAUUCGGUCAUCUUUGCAACAAACUCGAUUUGAACUACAGUACUGUGUUUUUAUGGUCCCCAGGGGGUCUAUUUAAAAAUGGGAAAUACUUAUGUACAUUUCAAAAAAGCAACACUUUAAUACGAUUUUUCUACACAAGUGCAGCAGCACACAGAACGCUGGAGAAAUUUAAAACAAAAAAAAGAAAAACACACAUACAAAAGAGAAAUAUAAUUUGUUGAAGACCAUAUUAAAAAGUAAUCUCCAACAUG